UUUAUAGUGCUUCAUGCUUGACAAUGCUGUAAUACAUAAACCCCUUGAAACUCAAAAUUAGCUGCUUUAAGUGCUUUGGAGCUUAACUGGCCCCUAUUGAAUUUUGACAGUACUGCAUAUAAUCCAGAACACUAACAAUUUUCAAAUUGAUAUGAUACAACUAUAACCAAACCAAACCAAACCAAACCAAACCAAACACUACUAGCACAUAUAGACAGGAGUGAUAAUGAGCGAAGUUAAGAAACGAGAGCAUGAAGACGAUAAUUCUGACAAUGACUCACAUUCAAAUAAUGGGACAUCCAAAUUAAUAAAACUCGAUGCAUCCCAACUCAAACCAUCACAAACGUUAUACAUUAAGAAUUUAAAUGACAAAAUAAAUCCACGAAUUGUUAAACACAACUUAUAUUUACUAUUUUCCACUUUUGGUGAUGUGAUACAGAUAAAUAAUAGGAAACGAGGUCAGGCAUACAUUGUAUUUGGAGAUGUAGAUAGUGCUACUUUAGCCUUAAGAAGCUUACAAGCUGAACCAUUCUUUAAUAAACCAUUGGCCAUUAAUUAUUCUAUAAAUGAAUCGAAAAUCAUAACUACACUCAAGAGACAACAAGAGGCCAUAGAAAGCUCAGAUACUUAGUUAAGUUAUAUGACUGAGAUUAAGAAAUACCCUUUUAUAUAGGGAGUUUAUGACUGCACGACUAAUAGAAAUGUAACAUGUAAAAAUUCGUCUAAUAUACAACUCUAUAGACUCACUUUAAUAUUUUAAUAUAUAUCAUGAUACUAACAAAAUAGGUGCGUACUGAACUAUCACCAAACCUACUUGCAACCGGCCAGUGAAAAACUC